AUGCUCCAGGGGUUUCGCAGGGGCCGCAAGAGCCAGUUUAAACACAUCAUCCAUGGCUUUCUACCUGCAGCCAGCAUCGCACCAAAGCCAGCUGUGCCACGCACACCUCCUCCCCGCAGCCCCAACCCUUCUCCAGAGAGACCAAGAUCUGCUCUGGCUGCAGUCAUCCUAGCAACAACGCUGACCGGCCGGACUGUUGCCAUUCCUCAGCCUCGCCAGAGAUCCCUAUCUGAGAGUGACACGACCUGCGUUGAAAAGGACAGUUUCAUCGAGCCCUAUGCCACCACCUCCGAGCUGAGGCUUCGACCAAAUUGGCAGAAUGAGACUGGAAGAAGAUCUUCUUUGCCAUCCUUUGAAACUCUGGGCUCCAGGGAGGAGGAGGAGGACACGGACGCACAGCUGUCGUCUGGCUGCGACGAGUUGGAGGAUGUCAGUGCUCCCAAAGCAGAGGGAAGUCUCAGUGCUGCCGUGUAUGCCGUGCCCCACAGAAACCAGGUUGCAUUGUCACGUGGGGUGGACAGUGAAGAUGAUGAAGAUAUUUCUAAGCAGGAUGGGUUUCCAGGCUUGCUUCUCACAACACAACGUACACAAGAAAAAGAUGAUAAAUAUUCUGUUCUGAAUUUAAAGGAUGAAAAAACAUUAUGUGAGAAGCCACCACCCUCCCCAGAUUUAACUGGUAGAACACGGCAAAGAUGUAUGGAAAUAACCAAAGAAAAGUUCAAGGAAUUGAAAGAAGAAAAUGUGCUUCUAAGCGGUGCAAACCAAACCCUUACUCUUGAACUUAACCUAAUAAAACAAGCAAUGAAAGAACUACAGUUAAAACUGAAAAGAACAGAAAAAGAAAACCGAAAGUUGAAAGAGGCUGAGAAAACAUCUCCUCAGGAAGUUGCUGCCCCUGAACUACUUUAUCUAAGAAAACAAGCUCAAGAACUGGUGGAUGAAAAUGACGCGUUAAAAAUGACUGUCCAUCGUUUGAAUGUAGAAUUGAGUAGAUAUCAGACAAAAUUCAGGCAUUUGUCCAAGGAAGAGACUUUAAAUAUUGAUGGUCUCCCAUCAAAGGGCCCAGCACCACCCUGGUUGUUGGAUAUAAAGUACCUGUCACCCUUGUUACUGGCCUAUGAGGACCGAAUGAAAGAGAAGGAUGAGCUCAAUGCCACCCUUCAGGAGGAAAUGAGGAUGUUUCGGGUGCGAGUCCAGGAAGUGGUGAAAGAAAAUGAAGAAUUGCACCGAGAGUUAACCAAGAGUAGUCCCGUGACCAGUGAGGAAUGGCGUCAGCUUCAGACUCAGGCGGAACUGGUUUUAGAGGAGAACAAGUUGUUGAUAGAGCAGCUGGAGAUUCAGCAGAGAAAAGUCAAGGACACCCACCAGGAGCGUCUCCAGGAAGUUUCUAAACUGACUAAACAGCUAAUGCUUCUGGAGACUAAAACACAGAACCAAGAAAAAGAACUAACCGAAAACAAGGAGCAGUUGGAAAUUUUAAGGACCGAAUGCCAGGACUUAAAAACACAGUUGGAUGGCAAAAUUGCUAUCAACGUUCAUGCUUCAAUUGUAAAUGAAUUAAAAAGCCAGUUGGAGAAGGAAGAGGAGAAAGAAGGUGCCGAGAUGGAAGAGUUGGUGGGAAAGUUGGCGCUGCUGCAAGCGCAGAAACAGAGCCUGCUCUUAGAGAAGAACAGUCUGGCUGCGAGAAACCAAGCACUGGGAGAAGAACUCGACAGGGCACAGAAAAUAAAUAGGAGGUCUCAAAAGAAAAUUGAUGUCCUCAAAAAGCAGGUGGAAAAAGCCAUGGAGAACGAAAUGUCUGCUCACCAGUACCUGGCAAAUCUUGUCAGCCUGGCAGAGAACGUAACCCAGGAACGCGACAAUCUUAUGUAUUUGGCUAAAUGUUUACAAACUGAGAAGCAUGGCGUUCUCAACAAAAUCAUAGAAGGCAAUAUUCGCUUGGGAAGGUUAGAAGAAAAAGUCAAGGGGUACAAGAAGCAGGCGGCACUGAAAGUGGAUGACAUCAGUCACCGCCUGACGGAGCAGCAGGAAGACUUCACCAGCAGGACAGCUCAGUACCAGCAAGAGAUGAGGCGCCUGCAUCAGAUGCUGCAGGACAAGCAGGAUAUCCUGGACCAGGCCCUGCAGCAGAAACGAGAAAUGGAAGGCGAGCUUGAGGUUGUUUGGCAGUCUACCUCCAAGGAGAACCAAAGAAUCCGAGAGCUGCUGCAGGCCGUGCUGGAGAGGCCAGGUGUCUGGGACGGCACUAGGGAGGCGCGCUGGGAAGCCGUGGCUCCGGCUACCGUGACCUGAAGCCACCGCCUGCCACAGCCCACACCGUACCUGGGGCCUUGGCCGGGGGCUCUGCCUUACCCCAGCACUGGGAGGCACAGGAGAAGGGCCACAGCAUUUCUCCUCACCAGGGCAAGGUAGAAAUAAACUGUCUCAGAAAUUUAAUUUUUUAAAUUUCUUUUUUUUUUUUUUACAUUUUUUUUUACAUUUUGCUUUUAUCUGACUAAUACAGGGCUGACCUCUAUCUUUGCCUUGCCUUUAAGCUAUAUCUCGCCUUGUCGACUGCCUCGCCACUGAGCCAGGCUCUGUGAGCCCCGUUGCUCAGGGUGCCAGGGGACCCAAGGAGCUGGCCUGGCUCUGGGCGUCUAGACCCGCAGCCGGGAGAGUGUGGGAGCAAACAGGUGGUGGGACCGAGCACUCACACGGCGGGCUGGGGGCGUGGGCGCACUGAACGCGUCCAGUGCUGCUACUGUCAUUGGCUCUGGGUGCUGUCCUGGCACAUGGUAAAAGACAAGUGCUAGACUCACACCCCAGUAAGUUACACAACAUCUGUUCUGCCCCGUCUCCCCGCCCUUCUUUAUCCUUCUGGAAAGGCAACUUUUCUGGGGCCACACAGCACCAAGGUGGGGGUCCCUGCCCCAGCACCACCGCCGAGAAGGAUGCCAGAGGCCAGGGUUCUGCUCCUCUUUGCCACCACCUCAGAUGGGUGACCCCAGCUUCUCAGGGCCAUCCCUGGCACUUCCUGGUGGCAGUGCCAGCCCCCUAGGCCUGCUUGUCCCUGGCAUGCUGGAAGAACACGGGACAUCAGGCUACACGGGCCCCUAGGAGCGGUGUGGAGGGCAGAAUCCUGGAACAGAGCCUUAUACAGGCGCCUCCCUGCACAGACCUGCCUCGGUGCAGCGUGUGCACAGGCCAGCCCUGGGUCCGGGUCGGGGGCAGAAGUUACACGCCUGAGCUCUGAUUGCUAGCUGGGAGUUGAGGUAGAAGAUCAGUUUUAUGUUUUAUUCAACUUGUUCAACAGUUCAAGGAUUCUAACUUAUUUUCAUUUUACCAGAGGUAGGGUGACUCAACUGGGAUUUCAAACUCUCCCCAUCCUCUCCCUUGGAGGUGACCUAGCAAACAGCUUCAGUAUUAUUUCCAGGGAACCCAGCAGCUCUCCAGCAGCGCCAGGCAGCGUGUAAACAGGCUGCAAGGCCCCAGUGCCCCCGUGAGUCUCUCACCUUCCAGAUCUGUGCUUGGUGGGUGGCUUGUGGUGGGAAUCCUGCUGUUGUCACUUAUGCAAAGAGCCACUUUUGUCAUUCCUGGCUUUGUUCCGCCUUCUGUGAGAACAUUUUGUUGCCUGGAGAAGUGAAUGUUUGUACAUUUCUGCCUUAAGUUUAUUUCACGUUACAAGCAUACUUGGCAAGUUUGGGGACCCCUGGACCUUGUCACGGCCAGACAGGGUUGGGCCCCACAGCUCCUGUGUUCAACCAGCCUCCCGUCGGAUGCUGUCAGCAUGUGGCAGGUGGGCUCUGAGUCCAGGGUGCAAAGGAGGGUCCACGCAGGCAAAGCGGUGAGAGACAAGGUAGCUGAGGGGCCCAGGGCCUGAGCUUCAAUGCAUUGUGAGGGAUCUGGACUGCUCUGGGCCUUGCUGAUGGGCAGGGUUUCAAGGGCUGGAGAAUGACAGGGCUGUGUGCGCCGGGGUGAGAACUCAGGAGCCGCAGGAGGGGUGUUCGGGCUGGAGGUUGGGGUGAGAAGGGAGGCCAGAUUGGCCUCGGGAAAGCCUGGACCUCUUCCAGGGGCCCGUCUGCUUGACCCUGCGGGUACCAGUCGGACCAGGAGCCGUGGCCUUUCCUGCUUGGUCCUGGGGAGGCGAACAGUUAUGAAAUGGAUCCCAGGGACUCAAAGGGUCCCUGCUGCCUUUGGUGUUAGCAAAAAGUCGUCCAGGGGAAUUGCAGACCAAGUGCAGAGAGGCCGGGGCCCAGCAGGCAUGUGGGUGUGAGUUUGAGGUGACAGCGGGCAAGGAGCUGCCUUCAGUUUCCCAUGACAUCUGCACGGAGGGCUGGAGGGUUCGGAAGUGGCUCCUGCCCCUCAGGCUCCAAAAAGAAUGGAAGAGGCCAUCCUUUCCCAGGAGCUUCACACUGUGGAGAUCAGUGUGUCCUCCAACUCUCAGGAGAGGAGAAAAUCCCAAAUUGGAUUUCUUUCAGUGCAGUGUAUUUAUUCAGCAAAUACACUUGGAGUGCUUAUCUCUCUGCACCGUGUGGAGAACAAUAGCGGUGACAAAGGCAGACAUAAUUACAGAGCAUUCUAGGUGCUUGGAAGAAAACAGGACAGAAACAAUGGCCUGGUCACCUUCAUGGCUGCUGUGGCAGCUACAGGGUGAACUCUGUGCAGAACAUUCAAAAAA